UGAAAAAGUUAGGUAACAACACUUUGUAAAGUAGUGAACUCCACCCUUGGUCAGAAGUUUCGGACGGUUUUCAAAAGAGUGAAUAGGGGAAUGCUAUUGGUGGGAGUUCGAAUGAUCAAAGGAGCGACAAUAUGUGAGAAAGAAAAUUUGGAAAAGAACAGCGUUUUGUGUCAAGGAUCCCCCUUUUUUCAUCGUAUUUUACGGUCAUAUUCGAAUAACCGAGAGAGAGCUUUUCUUAAGCCUAAUUGUUCGAAUCCUCAGGUGUGUUGUUGUGGUGAAUGGUCCCCCGCCUAGUGGUGAACUGUACAUCAUGAUGUCUUUUAUAGGGGGUGUGUGGUGGGUCUUCUUGUUGACUUUUGCAAGUUUUCAAAACCCCGCGCUUGGCUCGACCGACUUCGGCGGUUAUAUUUCUAGCAGAACAGAAUUAAAUUGGGAGAGUUCUCCAUAUGAAGUUCGCAGAGAUAUUAUUAUUGAAAGGGAUGCCACUUUAAUUAUUAGACCUGGAGUACAAUUGCGAUUUGCACCUGGGGUUGGAUUAACAGUUAUGACAAAUGGAAUCCUGGAUGCGAAGGGUAAGAAAGGACAGGAAAUUGUUUUCACCCGUCUCCCACAACGGCAAGUGUGGUCAGAACCAGAACCGUCCGGCUGGCCGGAUGUCCGUCUCGUUGAUGGAGAUUCCAUUCUGAAGGGUCGCCUCCAGUUGUUUUACAAGCAAUCAUGGCGAUCUGUCUGCACUAACUCUAAAAACUGGACCGAAGAAACUCUACAGGUGACGUGUCGACAAUUAGGAUUCAGCGGUGGACGCAUUCAUCACUGGUACCCUCGCAACAACGAUUCUAGUCAACUAAUGUAUGAAGAUCCUCGAUGUGCGGGAAAUGAAUCGUCCUUAUUUCAUUGCCCAAACUGGAAUCUUAAGCAACUAGGCAGUGGCGUCUGUGAUUUCCACUUUGACAUUGGAAUAGAAUGUGAUGAUUACUUGGGCAGCCAUAGUUCAUCUAACUGGAGAGGCAUUAAGUUUAAUGAAGCUAAACUAAAGGAGUCGAUUGAGAACAAAGUUACUCGCUAUGUAUCCCUAUCAGUUUUGGAACAUGUAAACAUUUCCUAUGCCGGGAGAGAUAUCUAUGGCAGAGCUACUGCAGCCCUUGAAGUUAUUGGUCAACCACCAGUUAUGAAUAACGUCGAUAUUAGGCACGCUGCGUUCGAUGCUGUGAAUAUUUACAAGCCUAAAGAUGCAUUUAUAGUUGAAAACACCACCAUAGCUGAAAACAGAGGUCAUGGCGUUUUUAUUAACAGCAGCGUUAGUCAAGCUACUCUUAGUGGAGUCAGCAUUGCAGAUAAUGGCGGUAAUGGUAUCCACUUUACACACUAUGAUCAUUUUGGUAAAGCAUCGUCUCUCUGUGACACCGGUAAUAUAGGUGACGAACAAAUUUAUCCUGUGUGGAGAAGUCACGUUCAGACGGCAGACCAAUUUUAUUUUUCAGAUUGCACUCAGGUCUUUCAAGUCUCCAGAAGAACUGGACAAGUUUUAACUGUUAAUUUUAUGGGCUUUUCGAGUGACUUUACGGAUUCAGCACAUGCUUCACACAUUGAAGUUUAUGAUGGAGAAUCUACUAGUAGCAGACUUCUUGCUUCGGUGCCUGUACUAAAUAACACUUUUCCUGAGAGUGUAACAAGCUCACGAGAAAAGAUUUUAUUAAAAUAUCGACCCAAACCUGGUUAUUACGCUGCUUUUGUCAUUGAAAUUCUUGCCAAUCAUGGCAGAGCUUUUGAUCUAAACGUGACAAACUGCAAUAUUACAAGCAACCUAGGGAAAGGAAUUACAGUCCACCAUCAAAGAUCUGGGAUAUUAGUUAAUAGCUCGCUUCUAAAUGAAAAUAGUUACAUGGCUGGAUUAGAUAUUUCAACAGGAAGUGGUCAUGUAGUUGUCAAUAAUACUUUCAUAACUGGCAAUCGGGGGGAUGGCAUCAAUAUUACAUAUGCCGGAGGUUUCGUUCAUAUUGAUCGAUCGUCAGUCAGUAACAACAUAGGCAGAGGUAUCGGUUUUUGGUUCAAUGAAACAUCUGAUCAUAGAGCUUAUAACCAUAGUGUUCAUGUAACACGUUCUGAAUUUGUAAAUAAUAGUUUAUACGGAAUUCUCGUUGGAAAUCAGUGCUUAUCCGAUUCCUUUUGGAACAUUAGUUUAAAUUCUUUUCGUAAUAAUAAAGAUUGUAGUUUACUGAUUUCUUCAUGUUGGUCUACGAAACAAAAUACUGCUCAAAGUAUUGUUCUAGUUACACAUAACCAGUUUUUGGGCAGCGAUUAUUUUGCUGUGAAAGCAUCUCCUAUACUUCACACCCAUUUACUAGUUGAGCAUAAUGAGUUUACUGGUCAUGAAAGAGGCGUACUUUUUGUGAAUGGCUUGGACGAUGAUAACUUUUCAAACGUCCGUGCUAAAAUUGACAUACAGCAUAAUUACUUUGCAUUUAACUACGGCAAAUUUGUGGUUAGCAUUGGAGUAGCCCAGGGAACUUCUUUUCAAGAUUUACUAUUUUAUAAAAAUCAUCUUGAAAGGAACGUAAUCAAAGAGCCUUUUCCUUCGCUGAAUCCUCGUUCUCGUGUUGCUGCUGUUGUAGUUGUGACUUCACAAAAUACUCAUGUAUAUAGAAAUCGUUUUGAAAAUUUUGAGUCUCUUUACGACCUGGGUUCGCAUCUAGAAAAACACCACAUUAUGAUAAAUGCUACGCAUAAUUAUUGGGGAAGUAUCAAUGUUCAUAAAAUUUAUGAAAGAAUAUUUGAUAGAAAAGAUAGAUACAAUUUAGCGCGGAUAGAAUUUUUGCCACAUUUAACUUUGUCAUCAGAUCUUGAUACUAAAACAGCCAUAUCAGAUGUUCACGAAAGAGAUAAAAUUAUUCCAUUUCAAACAGGAUCAGAAAUCGGAGGGGAAGUUCCCGGCUUUAUUUCAUUGCAGAAAGGUACAUAUAUUGUCAAACGGGACAUUUUUGUACGACCUGGAAAUGGUAAACUGCAGAUAGAAGCUGGUUCUGUUUUAAAAUUUGAUAGGUCGGUUGGAAUGAUGGUUCAAGGAAGAUUAUUAAGUGAAAGUGGCUAUGCUUCUGAACCCAUUACUUAUACAAUAAAUGAAGCAAAAAAAUUAAAUGAUGAAUCUAAAGUGCGCUUAUCAAGAGGCACAGAAGGCCUGUUGGAAGUUUUGGUUAACGGUUCAUGGGCCAGUGUCUGCGAUUAUGGUUGGGACAUAGUUGAUGCAUCCAUUGCCUGUAAUCAGAUGGGUUUAGUAUUGCAUCCAGAAGACUGGAUCUUGGAACAGUCAGAAUUUGAUAAAUCAGGACAUGAAAUUAGACUUUCAAAUCUUCAGUGUACAUUGCAAGAUACAGAUAUUACUCUUUGCAAAGCUGAAAAGGAUUUUGAAAAUUCAUGUUCUACAAAGGUUGGACUGCGCUGCUAUCCUCCGUCUUGGUCUGGCCUUAGGCUUGGAAUGUCUGCUGAAGAAAGUCGUUUGAAAAAUGUUAUUAUAGAGUUUGCUGGACUUUUGGAUUAUGCCACUAACAGCUUUAAACCAGCACUUCAAGUAGAUUUUAAUAAACAUCAUCUAGAAAAUUUGAAAAUUCAAAAUAAUACAGAUUCUGGCGUUGGCAUAAUGUGGAAUGAAAUGUUUGCUCCAGAAAGGCAGAAAAUUGUUGAUAGUUAUUUGCUUUCAAAUAGACGUCAUGGUUUAGUAGUACAUUCUCAGGGCUUAAAUAUUCAUAGAUGUGAUAUGUCACGGAAUGCUGCAAGCGGUAUUCAUUACAAUCCUAUGUUUUCCAAGAUGGAACAAAGAGAUCUUAUUUCAUGGAUUAACCUUGAAGAGCCUGGUAAAGUAAUAAAAGUUCCAGACGACAUUCAGAACAAUAUUUUCCUUAAUUAUGAUGAAUACCGAUAUUUAAUAUUUAGCCGAAGCACCAUGUAUAAGAAAUUUAGCGUGACAACAACACCUGGUCGAAGCAUUGGAAUUAUAGUUUUAAAUUCUUUUAGAAAGUCCUCUUCUGAAAAUAUGAAAAUUUAUGGAAGACUGGAAAUUGUUCCUGACGUUCAGCAUUGGGAUUUACGACAGAAUUUAACUGCCUUUCCACUGCGAACUCCUGGUUACGGAAUGUUGGUUGAAUACCAGUCUGGACAGAAUCCCAGCGGAGAAGCAAUAGUGUAUAUUGCAUCUGUAGAUGGCCAAAGAAACAAAGCUGCUUGGGAAACUCACCCGUCAAUUCACAUCAAUUCAGUUAAAAUUCAUGGUUGCAGUAGAGGAAUUUCAAGUCAUCAUUACAACAGAGAUGUUAGCGAUUAUGGUGACCACUUUCAUCGCUACACCAAUGAGACUAUUCUUAUAACCAACACAGAUAUUUCCUACAGCAGAUCGGAAGCAAUGUUUGUGUGGACACCUUUCUGGGAUCCAUAUAUAAAAAAUCUAGCAGAGAUAAAUUAUACCAUUAUAAACUGCACAAUGCUCGAAAAUUCAAAAGUUUUGCUGCACUACAGUCGAGAUAUUCGGAAUUCAAAUAAUUUAUUUCAUUGGACUAUCAACAAUACACUUAUUGAAAAUAAUGCUGAAGGUGGCAUUGACAUACGACUUCCGUAUGUGUGGCAGUACUCUGAAAACUUUACUCAUUCUUUCGCUAUGCAUAACUGCUCUUUGAGAAGAAAUCGAGGAUUUGAGUUUUCUAUAAGUGGACAUUUUGCUCGCAUAAAUAUAUCUCAAAAUAUAUUUGAAAAUAAUAUUUGCAAAAAAGGAAUAUUGAGUUUCUUAGGAAUGGAGAAAGAACUUUUAAUUGAAGACAAUUUCAUAUCAAACAAUUCUGCAGCACAUGGUAUUGAAUUUAACUUACAGAGCCAUGCCAAUAAGUUUGGUGUAGUUCCUGCCAGCUUUCGCAGAAAUAUUGUUACACAUAACCUUGACAUAGGUUCAGGUCAAAAAUUCGGAUAUCAACCAACAAGUUAUGCUGUUGGCAUAAGAGGUGUUCAGCUUAUAAAUAUCACAAGAAAUCUUUUUGAAAAUAUAAACAUGCAAUUUGAAUUGCUGGCUGGUGUUCUGACUGGAUCUAUUGAGAAAAAAAUUAAUGUUAGAGAAAAUUGGUGGGGUACUGACAAUGCCACAAUAAUACAAAACAGAAUUUUUGAUUUUGAUGACUGGAAUGGCUAUGCGAUAGCAGAAUUUGCUCCUUAUUUACGUGUUCGAAAUAUAGAUGGAGGUACUUUAUCAUUUAAUAACGAACAGCAAUCGCUGUCAGUUAAUGGAGUCUUAGGAGGAAGAUUAUUUGAUGAUCUUAUGUUAGAGGGAGAUAAACGGUAUGUGAUAGCUUCAGAUUUAACAGUAAUGCCCGGUGUCAGACUAACAUUAGAACCAGGUGUUGUUUUGGAGUUCUAUCCUAGUGUUGGUAUAUUGGCUCUUGGAGAUAUAGUUGCUCAGGGAACAAUAAAUAAUCCAAUAAUCUUAAAACCUGCCAAAAUUUUCAAUGAGAGACGUUUCCGAAGGCAAGCCGGCUCACAAAAGGAGCGCAAACCUAGAUCUCGACUUUGUGUUAAUGAAAAAAACUGCGAACGAAGGGAUGGUUUUCUUGAAGUUUAUAAUUCUACAACUCAGCAGUGGGUUCCAGUUUGUGAUGCAAGAUUCACUGAACGAAAUGCUCAGGUUGUUUGCAAAGAACUGGGAUAUAAUGUUUUAAAUGUAUAUGUGUCAUUUGGACCAAGACUGGACAUGGGUCCUACUCAAACUAGCCAUAUUAGAUCUUGGCCUCAUCCCUUUGAAUGCAUAGGAACAGAAUCCGCUUUGGAUGAGUGUGAAUACAGGCUAAAUGGGUAUAUUGAUAAUUACAAAUGUCCUUUUGAUGGAGAUUUUGUAUAUGUCUCUUGCGGACCAGAAACUUUAUCAGGCGGCGAGGAACACUGGGGAGGGAUUCGUUUCUCCAUUUCCAAUUUCGAGCCUCUUGAUUCACCUCACAACAGACCUACUCUCAGCUAUGCUACCACUGUUACUUCUAAAUUAGAAAAUAUUAAGAUUGAAGGUGCUGGUGUUCUUCAUAAUGAGAAAAGUGCUGCAAUUCAGUUAAUACAAAGGGAAAUUCAAAUGGAUUAUGUAAAUAUAUCUGGAUGUGCAUCGCAUGGUAUUGAAAUUAUUGCAGUUGAUGGUAGUUUAUCUUUUAAUGAGCUUGUAAUCAGCAAUAAUAUGGGAGUUGGCGUAAACAUUCUUUCUUUAACUGGAGAAUCAUCUAGUGAUGUAACUGCUUCAAAGCUUGUAUAUAGUCCUUUAAAAUCAAUUGAUAUGUCAUAUGGAAUAUUUGGUAUGGUUGACAUUUGUGACACUAAUAAAACAAUGGAAUUUGAAAACAGACUUCUAGUAUAUUAUAAGUAUGAUAACCAACCUGUGGACUGUGUCAAGAUCUUCACUGCCCGGCAUUACGGGAAACAGAUUGGUUUCAGGCUUUUACAGUUCAAUCUUUUUGAUGGAGCUAAAUAUGCCGCUAAACCUGAUUCAAUACAAAUUUUUGAUGGUGAUAUCUUUAAUACCACAGUUACAAAACUAGCAAGUAUUGGAUGGCAUCUGGGAUCAGAAAAUGCUGAAAAGUUCUAUGUCUCUUCUGGUGAUACUUUAAGCGUUUUUUUACAUACUAUUGGUGGAAGUUCAAAUCAUGGAUUUAUUGCUGAGGUCGUUACUUUGCCAAUUGCACAUUCUAAAGCUCGAGAUUCUCAGCAUAACAUCUCGUACUCUGAAAUAUCUCACAACGGUCGUGAAGGCAUUGCUUACAGAAGUGCUGGGGAAAUUACACCUGCGAUUACUUUGAGAUAUAACCGCAUUAUUCAAAAUGGGCAAGAAUUGUUUGGAAACUUCACUACUGCAGACAGCGCAGUGUUAUUAGAUAUACAGAAUACUAAAGGACUAUAUUUCUAUAAUAAUCUCAUUAUGAAGAACCAAGGUGGACUUACUCUGCGCGUCAACUCCCAGUCUGCUGUUUCGGCACUGAAUGGAAUGAUCGUGAAUAAUCUUUUCACAGAAAACAAGAACAGAGAAGUACUGAAUUUACAAGGAAGGAAGUCGGGAACAUUUCAAUACAUCACAAUUUUGCGCAAUUACUUCACAAGGAAUUAUGCCUAUUUCAGAGACAUAAUAGUAGUAUCUCAAGUUAUGUCAAAUCUUACUGAAAAUAUGGCAUACAAUAACACAGGGAGGCAUCUAGCUGAUGUGCAGGGCUUUGAACGUGUACCAUUGUCAUACCAGACAUGCACAAGAAAUUGGUUUUGGAGAAAUAGAGCUACUGAUUAUUGGGACAGAAGCACUAUAGUAGCAAACAAAGCAGGGCAGAGAUUUAAUUUCAAUUAUCUUGUCAAUCCUGACAAUGAUUUUGAACUCGCAGCACGGAAUCGAACACUAAUUCAAGGGGAAAUUCAAGAAUUCUCAAUCAAUGCAACAUAUAAUUGGUGGGGAUUUAAUGGAACUGCUGCUGUAUCUGGGCGUAUUAAAGAUUUCAUGGACUUUGAAGAUUUAUUGUUAGUUGACUAUAGCUCCUAUUUACAUGAUAAUUCUACGGUUUUAAAUG